AUGUCCACAUUCAACAAGUCACUCAAACAGAUUCAGACACAUCAACAACAACAGACAGGUACCAUAAAGACAAAAAAGACUACUAAGAGAUCAACAACAGCUGAUGAUAAUGAAGUAACAAAGAUUAGAGAUGAAGCAUUGGCAUUGUAUUCAAAGUCACGAGCAACUUCAACCCUGAAUGAAGUUGAAGUCGAACGACUAUUAUAUCGAUUCAUCAAGAGUAUGAAUGAGUAUCCCGACAUACAGAAGAGCAAAUACAUCAUAGUCGCAGCUUCAGGCGGUGCAGAUAGCAUGGCACUGCUGUUCCUGUUGAAGGGAUGGUGCAAUAAUCAUGGAAUUGGGAUAGUCGCGGUGACGGUUGAUCAUGGUCUGACUCCACCCUCGGAGGACAUACCUGCGAUAUCAGAAUGCAUCAAAGCACUUGGUAGCGAUAUACAACAUAUUGUAAUGAAGGUCGACUGGGUUGGCAGCGGGCCCCCUGCAACUGGAUUGUUGGCGGCGUUGCGUCGACGUCGCUUUGACAUCCUGAAACAGAUAGCCGAGCGAUUCGAAGCCAAUGCAAUAUUCGUUGGAUCCAAUCGCAAUGAUCAAAUAGAGACCUUCAUACAUCGUUUACAACAUGGCAGUGGCAUCGAGGGCCUGGCGGCAAUGUCGCGGCGCGUCGACUCACCUGGCGGAAACAUCAGCGUCUACCGCCCACUACUAGACAUGUCAAAGGACGAGCUGUUUGGCGUAUGCAACGUGUACAAUGUCAGAUUCACACAUGAUGCCACCAACGAUAUGACAUCAUUCGAACGCAAUCGCAUCCGUCUGGCGCUGUCACGCAUGGACAUCCCUCCCAAGGACUUCAACUCAGUGCUGUCAAUCUUUCGCGAGUAUCGCAACAUGUUCCAACAACAGGUUGAAGAGUUCAUCAUGAACGAGGUGAUGCAAACAUUUCAUCGUUGUCUACCAAUGUUCUCUAUCCCGCUGAUCAGACUGGUCGAGCUGCCAGAACCCAUCGCAGUGCGCGUGCUGUAUCACGUGUCGAUGGCACUGCGUGGCGAGCACAUGUUCUUCAGACACAGCGAGUACGUGCGCAUGUAUCGUGCGUUAAAGCAUACCAACAGCAAGACAUUGGACAGGACAUUCUUCUACAUUGAGGACGAGUACCUUGUCGUCCACGGUCAGUCCAUCUUCCCUACACACACAAUCACAGUACCAAUCAAGCAGGCUAACUUGGACGGCAAGCCCAUCCAAUUUGGUCCAUACUCAAUAUCUAUAUCAAUACCAAGUACAGACAGUACUGUUUGGAGUGACAACAACAAUGUCAGCAACAACAACAACAAUGACAUGAUGGAUGUCAGUGCGGCCAACAAGACAGUGAUCAGGAAUCACAAUUUACAUUCUGUACGAUAUUAUGACCCGGCCACUGACGAGUCGUUUGGAGGACAUAUACGUAAGCGACUCGGAGUGAUAUCUAGGCUUGCCAAGACAUUGGUACCAGUGAUAGUGAACGAAGACAACAAGAUAUUAUGUAUUCCACAUACCAAGACAUGGAUGAUACCAUCCCGGUACAAUGUAUUCAUCACACAACGUGGGCCAGCCUUCCAACUGAGUCUAGAUCAAGAUGACAUGGAUAACGGUACUAUACUAACUUAG